AUGGAGAGGUCGCAUUUCUUUGAUUUUAAGGCACUUGAGGAGUAUAUUACUAACAGGUCAAAGGGAAAAGGUUUCUCUAAGGGCAAGCAGUUUGUCUCAAAGGAAAAGUGCCAUGAAGGAUUCUUCAUCAAGAAUCAUGACAGUGGUUGUCGUGGUGAGCAGGAAGAAGUCGACUCUGAUGACUUAUUAUCAGAGGAUGACGAAAACCCAGGCAACACACUGCUUACUGAGGCCUCCGUACUCGUUGCUUCUGAUGUCGAAAAGCAGGAGGCACAAGAAAGCGACUACCACCCGACUAGUCCUUCCCUGCCUGCCGACAUGACGACGACUAUGGACCGAACUUGGACUACAAGAACGACAAACACUAUGAAGAAGAGGAUGAUAUGUCUCCCUCGUGUAAUUCAGACCGACUGUGGGACGAAUUUCAUGAGUAACGUAUUUAGGGGCAAAUGUGCUGAACUGGCCAUUCAGCACAUUACCAGCGUACCUUAUCAUCCGGAGAGUCAAGGUGUGGUGGAAAGGUUUCAUCAAACCCUCAAGUCUGUACUUAAGAAACUUUAUGAUUCUGAUAACGAAUGGGACAAAAUUCUCCCUUUUGCCCUCUUUGCUAUUAGAAAUCACCCUAACUCUUCUACAGGUGUAGCUCCUUUCGAGUUGGUAUUUGGGCACAAAGUUCGAGGACCAUUAGAAAUUAUGUUUGAGAUGCUAAAAUUCAGCCGGAAGGGGGAAGUAAAAGUUGGAGGGUUGGUGGAAGACUUAGGUCUAGGAUGUUGA